GAGCUUCCGCUUCCGGUGGGGCCGUCCCUAGCGGCGGAGAUGGCGGCGACUGCGGCUGAGGCUGCGGCCUCGGGCUCUGGAGAACCCCGGGAAGAGGCUGAAGCCCCCGGCCCCGCCUGGGAUGAGUCCCAACUGCGCAGUUAUACCUUCCCGACCCGGCCUAUCCCGCGUCUGAGUCAGAGCGACCCCCGGGCGGAGGAGCUCAUCGAGAAUGAGGAGCCUGUGGUGCUGACCGACACAAAUCUUGUGUAUCCUGCUCUAAAAUGGGACCUUGAAUACCUGCAAGAAAAUAUUGGCAAUGGAGACUUCUCUGUGUAUAGUGCCAGCACCCACAAGUUUUUGUACUAUGAUGAGAAGAAGAUGGCUAAUUUCCAGAACUUUAAGCCGAGGUCCAAUAGGGAAGAAAUGAAAUUCCAUGAGUUUGUUGAGAAACUGCAGGAUAUACAGGAGCGAGGAGGUGAAGAGAGGUUGUAUCUGCAGCAAACACUCAAUGACACUGUGGGCAGGAAGAUUGUCAUGGACUUCUUGGGUUUUAACUGGAACUGGAUUAAUAAGCAACAGGGAAAGCGUGGCUGGGGGCAGCUGACCUCUAACCUGCUGCUUAUUGGCAUGGAAGGAAAUGUGACACCUGCUCACUAUGAUGAGCAACAGAACUUCUUUGCUCAGAUAAAAGGCUACAAGCGAUGCAUUUUGUUCCCUCCGGAUCAGUUUGAGUGCCUCUACCCAUAUCCUGUUCAUCAUCCAUGUGACAGACAGAGCCAGGUGGACUUUGACAAUCCUGACUACGAGAGGUUCCCCAAUUUCCAGAACGUGGUUGGUUACGAAACAGUGGUUGGCCCUGGUGAUGUUCUUUACAUCCCAAUGUACUGGUGGCAUCACAUAGAGUCAUUACUAAAUGGGGGGAUUACCGUCACUGUGAACUUCUGGUAUAAGGGGGCCCCCACCCCUAAGAGAAUUGAAUAUCCUCUCAAAGCCCAUCAGAAAGUGGCCAUAAUGAGAAACAUUGAGAAGAUGCUUGGAGAGGCCUUGGGGAACCCACAAGAGGUGGGGCCCUUGUUGAACACAAUGAUCAAGGGCCGAUACAACUAGCCUGCCAGGAGUCGAGGCCUCCUGCCAGGUGACUGCUAGCCCGUCCACACCGCUUCAUUGAUGAGGACAGGAGACUCCAAACGCUAGUAUUGCACGCUGCACUUAAUGGACUGGACUCUUGCCAUGGCCCUGGAGGCAGGUGUUUGGGGCAAGGCAGGGUGGUUGGCGCUCCACUCCCAUUCGGAGGGACUUCUUACCCUUGCCUCUGUGCCCCAGCACCUUCCCUCUCUGCCCCCUAAAGUCCUGCAUUCAGUGUGUGGAGUCCCCAGCUUCUGGUUGUCAUCAUGUCGUGUGUUAGUCUGUCAACCUUGGGAUGUGUGUGCGUGUGUAUGCCUGCACACGCGUGUAUGUACUUGUUCCUUGCUCCCUCCUUCUGGGUCAGGAUGCCACCUCUGGCUCUCCGCUCUGUCUCCUGCAAUCUCAGUGCCUCAGCCUGAGAGAGAGGAGAUGUUCUUGGACGCCCAUUGCAUCUGGGCAACAGGGCCACAGCUAUCCUAACUGUGAGGUCAGUCUGCCCCCUCCCAGUUUUCACAGAGAGGCUCUAGGCUGUUGGGAAUGGCUACUGAGACUUUAAUGGGGAGAGGGAGAGUGGGGAGGGUUGCCUUUGAGAGCCUAAAUAGCUUCCUAGGAGAGUAAAUUAGACAGGGUUCCAACUUGAACCUUCAAGCUCAAGCCAUACACAGAAAAGAGCCUUGGGACACAGGAACCAAGGAUUGUGCAUAACUUACAAAUUACAGACACAUACAGCUUCUUUCUUUCAGCACCAGCUCUUGUUCUCUGUCCUGGGCGCCAGAGGAGUCAUCCUAGCAAUGGCUUCUCUAGGUUCUAGGGAUGCAAGCCUCUGUGUGGAUGUGUGUGUGGAUGUUUGUGCCUGUGUGCGUGCAUGUGUGUCCACACUGGCCUGCCUCUCUGCUUACCAAGUUUCUACCGCUUAACCUUGUCCAGUGGGACAUACAGCGGGAGCCCCAAGGCAGUGCUGCCUGACCUGGUCUAAAGCUUUUAAACUCAUUUUUAGCCAUUGGAUGUUGGUCAGGCCUCGCUGCAACCUGCCUGAGGCCGACUGGCUAGAGCCUCCAGGUCCUAUGACCGACCCUCCCUGCCCAGGCCCCGUCCUCUGUGUCUGCAGAGCUUCUUGGCUCAGGAGACAAAAUGGGGUCAAGCCUAGGCAGCUAACUCACCACAUGUCAUCCACCUCAUGGCAAGGGCAAAAACGUAGCCUUGCCUCUUAAAGCCAGCGCCUCUGCCAGACCCCCACUGUAAUGUUCCACAAACACCCUCAGAAGUCAGGGCAACUGGUGGAGCAUGGAGAGGAAUUUCCUUUUCUGUUCAUAGCUUUUCAUGGGAACCCCUCUCAGGGCUGCAGCUUACAGCUGGGCAGCUGUGCACUGCACAACUCGAAGGGCCAUCAUUCAUACCUGUAUAAUGGAAGUGGGGCCCCUGGGAUUGGGCAGUGUGAUGGCCCUGCGUCUGCUCACCUCCACUCCCAUCUCCACGCCCCUUCUCUCUGGAAGGAAAAAGGAGUUGGAAGUCUCUGGGUUCAUUUUUUCCUUUUUUUUUUUUUUUUUUUUUUGCCAAAGGUUUACUUCCAGUGUCCGAGCUAUGGCUCUCACCCCCAGAGCUCAGUUUACAGUUACAGUGCACUGAUGGACUGAGAGGAUGCAUAUGUGUGUGUGUGCAUGAGCGCACUUGUGUGUAUUUUGGGGAGGGGUGUUUAUUUUUAGUACCCCAUUCUGGGGUUCUCUGAUUCAGUGUGGGUGUUCAAACAUGGUACCUUCUCAAGUGUAGUUCUUUCAAAUAUAGCCAGUGCUGGAAAAUGUGAUUGCAGUGAUCUCCAUCCCUCCAUCUCUUUUGGGAAAGAGGAAUGCAGCAAAGAAAACAAGGCAGACAGAAGAUAAAUUGACCACAAAGACACUUUGAAAUAUAGCACAUUAUUUUCCUUCUCAGCAGCUCUGCUGCAUCCCUGGCUCAUUCCUUAAAGGUGUGGGUGAUGUGCAGCAGGGAGGCGUGGUCUCUCAGCUGCUCCUCUCUGGGUGCUGUGCCGACCCAGGUCUGCACGAGGGGGAGGGACCUUCACAGGUUGGGUCCUGAUCCUUGGGUAAUGUCUCUGGGUUCAUGUCCAAUAGUGAUCCCUGAUUAUUAGACACCUAAUGUGUGCCUGGUGCUUUUAGUGCAAGGUAGGUAUUCUCAUUUUACAGUUCAAGAAUAAGCAGUUAGUGGCAAUCAGGAUUCAAACCUAGUACUGUUUGGCUGCAAACCCCCUGCUGUUCUUUUCCACCAAACUACAUUGAUUCUCCUACUGUACCUCCUUUGGACUACAGGCAGCAGGCAGUGUCUGGUACAGACAGGCUUAGCCCAAAAGGAUACGGAAGAUACAGCUCAGGGUGAAAGCUCUUCUGGGCUCCAGCUAAAGACUUCUUGGGAAAACUGCCAGGAAGCCAUAUUAUGAGUUAAGAGUUCUGGAAGAAGUUACAGGGAAACUGAGUUCUAGAUCCCCUUGGUUACUUGUGUGUCCUUGAAUAGGUCCCAUAACUUUUCCCAGCAUGCUUCUGCAUCUGUAGAAUUGAAGAUCUAGAUAUUCACUAAGAACUUUGAUUCAUGUUCUGCUGCCUCCGUUUGCCCCAGUGAAGAGAUUGAGGCUCUUCCCUUCACAUACCUAGGUUAGGGCUGUUCAGGCUCAAAUUCUACUCGUAGCAGAGUAGAACGUUUCUGCUCUGUUGCUUACUCCUAUCCUGGCUGGCAGUGUGAAGGCAGAUACAUGAGGGGAAGAUGGGGGUUUGGGCCUGUAUGAGGGUCAGCCAUGUUGCAAGAUCCUAUUUUUACACCAGCAGGUACAGAGGAAACUACUCUUUUGUAAAGUCAAAUAUUUGUUGGGGGGUUGAAGUUUGGGGGGUGGAGGAGGGGCUGUUCUGGGCAUCAGUUGAGCAGAUGCCCAGGAUGCCUGGGGGAGACCAGCUUCCCCUACAAAUCAGAGCUCUAAAUUACAAGGUUUUUACCAAUGCGAACAGUUGGGGGAAGUCGUCUGCUCUCAUUUGCGUAAUGGUUUCUGUCACUGGUGAUUAGACACAGGAUGAAGGAAAAGAAAUUUGACAAUUAGGAAUGAGCGAUCAUUAAUCUGAAUCUGUUAGGAGACGGGAGGGCUCCUUAGUGGGCCAACCCAAAAUGAGGAGACCCUCCCUCUGCCCCCCCAGAGACUCUUGGGCCACAUACCCUUUCAUUGUUCCCACCAUAAGCUGAGCUGUUAUUUUCUUAGCAAAGUCUAGGUAGGCCCAGUCCCCAGGCUGAGGUGGAUACAGGAACAGACAUCUAGAGGCAUGAGCCAACAAAGGGUGUCAAAUGCAAGUGAUAGGGCAAAGAAUAGCAAAUAGAAUGGUUUUGACAUGUGCAUGCUGUUUGUGGAAAAUGUUUUUGUAAUCGACACUCUAGAUACCCCACCUGUGACAUGCAUUUGUUACAUUAUGGCACUGCAGGGUGUGGAGAAAACCUGCUCUUUUAUCCUCCAGGAGCCUCUGCUUAGUUGGAGAGGAAACUGCAUGAAACACCCAGAGGUUAUGAAGCCAUGUGUGGUAUACCCUGUGAGGACAAGGUUAGAGACUGUUGAGAGAGGAGGAAGAUCAGUAGAGAGCAAACCUCAACCUCCAGGCUCCUCCCAGCCCCUGGGCUCCCCAGGGAGGACUCUUCAUCCUAGGCUCCCAGCAAGGUUGAUUCUGUCCCUCCCCCCUCGCACGUCAUUGCAGCUGUAGUUAUGUGGAAGGCACUGAGAUCCCUGCCCAGAUGUGUGAGCAGGUGAUGAGAUGAACUAACAGGCUGAGUGUUAAGGUGUGGAGAGUCCCAACUUGGAUCUUCUCAGGUCUCUGUGUCACCUCAUCUCUCUCUUGUCUCUUUAAACACCACGGACAGGAUUUGCACCAGUUAUUUGUUUCUCAGUUUUGUGGCUUAUGUGUUGGUGGGUUCCUUAGAUCAGUGGCUUCAUCAAGGAUUGGAGGCAGGGGUGAUGGUGGUGGUUGGUUGUCUUGUCAGAAUGUGAACUUCCCAUGGGUAGGGCUGUGUCUCUCUCCUUGGUAACUUUCCUACCUCUGGUUUGUCUACCCUUCAAACUCCAAUGCAGGGUUUAGUAGGGCUGCAGAGAGUGGCCCUCAGGGACCAGUUUUACCCAAACAGGGUGGAUACUGGGAUGCUCCUAAGAACUCAUGCGCUUCCAGAGGCCCUGGCCUUUCUGCCCAUGUCAUCUUCCCUUUUUCCGGAACCUCCAGUUCUGGCCCCCCCCCCCCCCCAGUCCCUGCCUACUUCUCUGGUAUCCUCUCAAAUUGCCUGCUCUAAAGAGCUGUUCCAGCUUCCUUUUCCAUUGUCCCCCCAGUUUCUCCUACUUAUACUCUCCCUGCCUAGGCUCUUCAGCAGCCCCUCACCAAGGUCCUUUUUCCUAAACAGUUGCUUUCUCAGAAGCUCCCUGGCUGCAGGUGUUUGGAUUGACUUUCUCUAGGAUCUUCCAUUUCUGAUCUGCAAUAAUUCUGUUCACACACGGUUAGUCCAUUUGUUCUGUGUCUGCUCUGUUCUCUUGCCAUUCCUUUGUCACUUCUGUACGUCCUGGUUUAGCUUUUCUCACUCUGGGAGCCCUUUCUGCUAGUCUUCAGCCAGUUCUGUUUAAUCUUCAUAAAACUUAGAAUCUUCAGCGGAGCCCUGCUGAGCACUUUUGGUGCAUUUCUGGGGGACAAAGCCUCGGACACUGGCAACCUUUAGGACCAGGGGUCUGUGGUUAGUGAGGCCUCCGGAGAUGGGUGAGAGGAGGGAACCUAGAGAAUCAUGGACAGUGGAGAACCAGUGAGGGGAGAUUGAGCAGGAGACUCCCCAGGAGUGGAGCCAGGCCUGGCAAGCCUGGAGGGAAGAACUGAAGUUUGUGUUUCCACAUACAUGCAUCUCUGUGCCUUAGGGUCCAGCAGUUCAGGGAUAGUGGGUGUUUUGGGAAUGUCUGCUAAUUUCUCUCAGGUGUCUUUGGUGAUGCUCUUAGUCACCAAAUUUGGCUGACUUCUUAGUUUCAGUGUUUGCUGGAAGGGAAACAGCAUAUUGAGUAGUCACGUGUCAGGAGUGGAGGUGUUCGAUGAGAAACGCCCUGGAAGCUGGGGUAGCAGGAGACGGGGACCCAGUGGUCAGCUUAUAUACCCAGACUGUCACUUCACUUCUCCAGGUGUUUAGUACAAUAGCUGAUUAAAGAAGUUUAAAAACAACUGGGCCUUGCCUUCUUCCCCACCUGAAAUCUAGUCUUUAGGUGAUAUUUUGGGAAGGAGCAUGUGUCCUUUAACUUCCAAUGAGAAACAACCUAACAAUCUAGUAUAGUGUAUAAAAACAUGGGUUUGGGAGUUGGAUGUAUUUUGUUCAGAUUUCUAGCUUUGCUACUUAAAUCAGCUGGGCUUGACCUUGUUGAUUGACUUGACCUCUCUGAGCCUCAAGUUUCCUCAACUAUAAUGGUAUGUGUAUAGGGGAAGGUGGGUGUUGAAAAUAUCUACCUCAGGGCUGAUGGACUGAUCGAAACAAUGUUUGUAAAGCUUUACCACAGUGCCUGGCAAGCACUUAAUAAAUGGCUGUGGUAGUGGUUGUUACAUUUAUUUUGUGACUUAUUCAGAAACUUGAUUUCAGUGAUUCCUUCCCUCUCAAGAAGAGCAUAAGGAAGAAUAAGGAAAUUAUGCUGGAGAAACUCAUAUUGAGAUGGGGACAGACAGAAGAGCCUUGGUAUCUAAAUCCACCCUAGAGGGAGCGAAACAGGGAAGAGCCUGAUGCCUUCUACUUGGUCAGCCAGACUUUACCGCUCUCAUCGGCCCAGGGCCGGCAUGAGAAGCUGUCAGGUGUGCGGUCUCCUUACGCUGUGUGAGGGGUGAGGGCAGCUGGGUGAGUUCCCAUUACACCUGGAGAAGCUGUUGCCAACCUCAUACCAUGAAACACCACAGCAGUCAGAUCAGGCCCGCUUGUUUCAAUUUUAUUGCAUGCUCUUCCAUGUAUUUAAGUUACAUAUGUGUUAAGGUUAUUUUAGCACAGAGGGGCAUUCCGAAGAGAAUUCAGAAAAAUAUAAGACUGGAGUCUUAAUAGCUACCAUCUGUGGAGCCCCUGGAGCAUUUGUUUCAGGCCCAGUUCUAGUCUCUACCCAUGUGCUCUCAGUUCAUCGGGGGGCGUCAAGCAGGCAGUUACAGGUCUGCAGAGGAGAAGCACCUGACAAGCUCCUUUGUUCACAGUAGGCUUCUUGCAAGAAGUCACAUAGUCUAAGGUGAUACCUGGAAGAUAACCAGGGAUUGGGGAGGAGUAAAAGGCAUGUUUCUUCUCUGGCUUCUCCCAGUCCCAAAGCAAACACUCUGUUCCUCCAUGUUUAAGGGUUUUAAGAAUCACUUGUAGGAAUGAGCCAGACAGUGGACCCCCAAAAGAAGAAAACCCUUUGGUUAGCUACAGAAACAUUUGAAAAUCAUUUUGAUUGUCAGGCCAGGUUUGUCCUGGAGUGCAGAUGGAUUGGACUUGCUCAGUUGUAACCCUUUCCCUGACUGCUUUGCAAAAGACUUCAUUCUGGCCUCUGGAGUUUCACCCUGCCGCCCUACUUGGAAGCGACGCUGGAUCCAGUUACUUAGACAUCAGCCCAAGAUGUACUCUGGCUGCCUGGAAUUCUCAGCCUCUUCCACACUGAUACCCGGCUGACCUCUUAGAUUCUUCCCCCACUCUCAGCCACUCCCCUCCUCCCCACUAUGAGCCACGCCUCUCUGCAGUGCCCCUCUAGCCACUCAUAUCCUCUUGGGUCUGACCCUGGUCUCCAGCCCCAUGGAUGUAGAAGAUCUCUAGCUGGUGCCAAGCCGUCUCUGGGCUUCAGGCCAUUCUGUAGUCACUUUACAGUCACCUCUCCACUUCUAGGUUUCUUUUGCUCUGGGCCUUGGAAGCCUUCCCUCUGGCCCCAGAAAAUGUUGCUGUGUUUUAUUCAGUUUGCUUAAGACUUACUUGGUCAUUGAGGUCAAUCCUGCCCUUCAGGGAAGCUCUGCUGCUUAUCUCCAUAUCCAAGCUCUUGAAUGUAUAGUGUAUGGUGCAAUAUAGGGUAGUGGUUGAAAAUGAGGACUUUGCAUAUUUGGCUUUGAAUCCUAGAUCUGUCAUCCUGUGUGACCUUGGGCAAAUGACAAACUACCUGAAAUUCAACUUCAUAUGUAUGAGGAUAACAUUAUCUACCUUGUCAGGGUUAUGUGGAAUAAGGUAUGUAAAGAAAGGCACAGCAGGGUGACUGUUCCAUAGCAGAAGCUUGAUUGUCAUUGGCUUCUAAUGGCCCCAGCCUUGUCUCUUUUAAAGCCUUUACUUCUCGUCCAUGUAGCUUUCUGACAAAGGUCCUGUGUCUGCUCCCAGAGCAAGUCUAGUUGUCAGGUCAUGAGCAGAGAUACGAGCAUAAAUUUCUCGGUCAUGUUACCAUUCCCUACCCCUACCCCUUCUCGGUGACCUCCAGCUCACAAGGACUCUAAUCUACUAUGCUGCCAUCGCUGAGGAAUGAUCUAAAAUUUCUUUUUUAUAAUAUUAAAAAUACCUGAAACACUGUUAGUGAAAAUAGAAGACAUCAGACCUGCUGUCGCCACAGGAAUAAGAAGCACUGGAAGUGUAUGUGAGCUGGUGGCACAACAGGUGUGAAGGAGGCACAGCAGGCAGGGACACAGGAGACAAGGAGAUGGGCACAGAGGCCACACAAUAGUCUAGAGGCAGCAGGGCCCCAGGCUUGUGAAGUUUCCCUCCAAGUUUUUGAAUAGUGAGCUUUUGACUGUGAACAAAGCCCCACCCAUUUUACAGUCAGUAUAGUCAUUGUUCUUACAAGGGUUUAUGUGAUGUUUUGACAAGAAUGGAGACAUAGGAUGUGACUCCUGGGUUUGAAUCCCUAUUGGCCACUUCCUAACUAUAACCUCUUAAGCUAAGUCUGUGCCUCCGCCACUUCAGCUGUGAGGGGUGGAAAAUAGCGCAUGGCUUGCAAUAUUGUUAUGAGCGUUUGUGAUGAUGUUUUAAAAACACUCAAUUCAGUAUGGGCACUCAGGAAACGGUUUAUUAUGAAGACCCAGGGUCUAGUUAGUGCUUGAAGAGCUGGGCUUUUUUGAUCCUACUCUGACUCAAGAUAAUGACACUUGAAGUGGAAUCACAGAAGAGAUGACUUGGGGUGGGGAAGCAAAAUGGAAGAGAUCACCAGGCUGUGGAAGAGACUGAAAGUCUGUGAAAGGCAGAUAUGGGGACAAAGGUGGUCUUGCUAGGAUGGUGUCUUAAGGAGCAGAAGCAGAGACAUAGGCUCUGGUUUACCAUCAGAUCCCCAGAAUGAAGGAAAUAGGGCAGGAGGGUGUCUGUGGGGGACAUGGUGUGUCUAAGUGGAAAGGACACAAGGUUCAGGGGCCAUGAACCCCUAUGUGAAUCUUAGAUGUCCUUUUUUCAGGCUGGGUGACUUUGGGCACAUUUGUCUCCAUGCUUCAGUCCCCUCAUCUUUAAAAGUGGUCAGUACUAUCACCACCUCCCUUACAGGGCUGAAGAGACAACAUACGUGAAAAUGCUGUCUAAAUUGAGCGCUAUAUAAUACUUGUUGGGUGGUGGUUUAGGAGAGCUCUCCUGGAGUGGGUGGGUCAUAGAAUUGCAGGAGUUCACAGAUAAGAGCCUCCCACAUUUCCAGCAGGAAACAGUAAAGCAGCAUUUCUCACCAAACGCUGUCUUUCACUGUGCCAAUAUUUGGUCAGGUUUUUGUUUUGGUUUAAGAAGGAAAAGCAGUGUGCUGAGUAAGGGCAUAAGUUUUGGAGUCCCAUGGAUUAGGUUUGAAUCUUGUUUUCACCGUUGCCAACGUUGAGAUGGUCAGAUUACUUAUCGUCUCUGAACUUUGCUUUCUUAACAGGCCCCUUCGAGUGGCUAUUGGGAAUGAAUGAGACAGCUCAAGUGAAACAUCUCAGUGCCUAGUGCCUCCCUAGUAAGUGCCCAAUAAAUAUUAGUCCCCUUUCUUUCAUUUCUUUUCCCUUUAGGAAGCAGCUAGUUUACUCAGUUUAAAAGGGACUCAGUUGUCCACGCCUUAGUGUGAAUAAGUAAUAUCAGAAUUCCCUUCUUGUCUAGGGUGAGAUUGGUUGUCCUAAGGAGUGUGAAUGUGAGUGAGGAAGAAUCAUGGGAGAAGGCGGCAGGACUCUACUAUGUUGGAGCUGGAGUAGGGGUCCUUUGGUCAUCUAGUUGGUGUGGGGGUGAGUGAAGAACACGUGAUGUUGAGAGGUGAGUUUGAAGAAAGAAGGUGGGUGCCGAGUGCUAGAGGGAAAAGCCAGUCUAGGGGUUGUGUGGAGUGGAGGACAGGACAAUGAGCUAUGGAUGAGAUCAGAGUCCUGCCAGGGGAACCUUAGGAAUUGUGACUACAAAUCAAAGUUGUGAGAGAAGUCCUGCAUUCAGCCAGCUGUCAUCUUAACACCUCUGAGAGUUGUGGUCCUCCCAGAAAGGAAGAAUAUAAAAAGAAAGCAGAAAUCUUCAAGAUGGAAAGACUUUUUAAGUGUUUUCAGAGCCAAGGAAAUGCACAACCUAACCAAGGUAUCUGACAGCCUAGGUGGGAUUCAAGGUGUCUGAGAAAAUGCAGUUGGGUAUUGAAGCGCAUCAAACUCAGGGAUAUGAGCUGGUGACCACCUUCUUAGGUCUUAGGUAAUGGAGGCCCCAUGAUAGGGCUUUCAGAGACAACAAAUAGGAAUUUAUGGGUCCCUUAUAGAAUCCAGUCAGUAGCCCAAUCAAUGUUUCUGGUUGUUUUACCAUCUCAACCAUCUGAGAAGGCAACCUCCAAAAUAUAUGUGCAGCAUCAAUUGUUUCCUUGAUAGGUAAGCAUCUUUUAACUCUGGAGAACUUAGAAUGAAGGAUAGGCAUGUUUAAGAACAUGGAACCUGCAGCACUACUAUAUUUGCUAUAAGGAAUCUAUGCAGUUUGUUUUUAAAUCCUUAACAUACGGAGGAGAAUUUGCCUUUUAGUUUGAUAGGUUUACCUUGUAAUACCAAGUAAAGAGUGUUGAAUAAUUUAUUUAGACUUGAAUUUUAAGUCAAAAUCUCGCCAAGUCUCUAUAUUGUUUUGGAACAUUUAAAAUGAUUUGAGAUUUGCUGUAUUUAUGAAUAUAAUCUAUUGGCGAUAUGAUAAUUAAGUACUUGGGAAAGUUUGUUUUAGUCAGGUAAAUGAAGUACUUAAGAAAUAAAAUAUAUUAACCUCACAUUACUCCUUUGUUUUAUAAACAAAAUAAUAAGGUUUGUAAGCUGAACUUAACAGCUUAGACAAGAACUAGGAUUUUGAAUAUGUAACUUCGAAAACUGAAUAUAAUUCUUAAAGCCAAAGUAAUUUCUGGAUAGUUAUUUCUACACACAAAAGUAUCCCUCAUGGAUAUCAAACACCUCCCGGGGAAACUCUGCAUAUAGUAUUACCACAGACCCAGUCACUCAUCCUCUCUAGGUAGCAGUCACUCUCCAGGCACUGGCAGCAGUUAAGAUGGCCACCAUGGGGCUUCCCUGGUGGCACAGUGGUUGAGAGUCCGCCUGCCGAUGCAGGGGACACGGGUUCGUGCCCCAGUCCGGGAUGAUCCCACAUGCUGCGGAGCGGCUGGGCCCGUGAGCCAUGGCCGCUGAGCCUGCGCGUCCAGAGCCUGUGCUCCGCAAUGGGAGAGGCCACAACAGUGAGAGGCCCGCGUACCGCAAAAAAAAAAAAAAAAAAAAAAAAGAUGGCCACCAUGGGUCAAAUCAUAGGUGCAGGCGUGGAUUUUGAAACUUUUUAAAAUUGGUUGGCAACAUAUAUGAUAAACUUUAAAAACAAAAGCUUGGGGCUUCCCUGGCGGUGCAGUGGUUAAGAAUCGGCCUGCCAGUGCAGGGGACACAGGUUCAAGCCCUGGCCCGGGAAGAUCCCACAUGUUGCAGAGCAACUAAGCCCAUGCGCCACAACUACUGAGCCUGUGCUCUAGAGCCCGCGAGCCACAACUCCUGAGCCCGCGUGCCACAGCUCCUGAGCCCGCGUGCCUAGAGCCCGUGCUCCGUAAUGAGAAGUCACCGCAAUGAGAAGCCCGCGCACUGAAACGAAGAGUAGCCCCUGCUCGCCGCAACUAGAGAAAGCCUGCAUGCAGCAACGAAGACCCAACGCAGCCAAAAAAAUAAAAACUAAAUAAAAACAAAAGCUUUUGGCUUCUCUGGAAAAUUAGAAGAUCUGGUAACAGUAAGAUCCCAUUUCCCAUAGGACAGCAGUUGGCCAGAGCUGAGUAGCUGCCACCCCUUUGGGCAUGUCCUUCCCAUUUGCCGCAGUCACCACUCUUCAUUUUGGUACCUAAUACCUGGUUUAUCUCACCUCUGUGACCUGUCUGGCCCACAUUUUUGCACGUGACCCCUGAACUAGAGGUUUUCUGAGGUUCCUAACAGCAGAUUGAUAGCUGGGGGAAGAGCUCAGGAAAAGUGCAGUCCCUGCCCUCCUCUCUAUUCUCAUCAUCCCCUCUGUCCAGGCUGUCUUUUCCCAGCCACCUGGCCCCAGGGCUGGUUUCAGCCACUAGAGGAAAUAUGCAAGACAUUCCCAGGCUCAGACUUCUGUGUUUGCUGCUCUUGUCUAUAACCACACUGGUUCCAGAGAUUCUCUUGCCCAGACAGUUUGCCUGGGCUCUGACCUCAUGUCUCAGUUCCUGUGAACUUCCUGCUUCCCUUCGUAAUUUGACCACAGCCUCACUCUGGUGUGUGAGGGCUCCCAGGCUCUGCUUUGUGAAGCUCCUGUACCUGAUUAUACCUGGUCUGUCAGGCUUGGUUUUGAAUCUUCUGACUCAGACUCCCAAAUCCCAACCCCAUCUCCACCAUCACUGCUCACUCUCUGGGCAGUGUGGUUACUCAGCUGAGGGAUGGAAGAUUGUUGAAGAUUCAGGAGACAUGGGAGGUGAGGUUGGAAGUGUUUGCAUUUUCAAGAGAAGCAUGGAGGCAGAAGCCAAUCACAGUUUAAGGAGGCAACCAGUAGAAGGCUUUUUAGGUGAGGGAGGCAACUGAGCAUAGUUGUAGGCAGAGGAGAAGGCAGCCAGAGAGAGAAUUCAAGGGUGAGAAUAAGGCCUCAGAGGAGGCAUAGGGUGAUAGGAUAGGAAAUAGCAAUAUUUGGUGACUCCCAGGGAGAUUCUGAAGCUCAGAAACAUCUUAACACCUCAAGAGAUGUAGGAGUGGGCACUGUUGGAAGUCUGUAAUCCCCUAGAGUGAGGGUUAAGUAAAUGAUGCUGGAGGUUUGGAGAGUAGAAGGGUGCAUGGCCAUGGUGUUGGGGCCACAGCCUGGGGCAGGAGAAAUUUCCAGCAGUGCAGCCAACAGCCUCUCACAGUAUCUGUAGACACAGUAGAAACAUCUGAACCAAAUGGUCAUGAAGCUUGGUGAAAACCAGACCCAGUGAGAGUUGAUUAAUGGAUCCAUGUCAGCCUGUACUAGAGGAAAGUCUCCAGUAGUAUGUUUUAGGGCUCAGUCUGGGCCUGUGUCUUGUCUGACAUUUUUAUUGACAACUGACUGAGGCAGCAGGCUCAUCAAGUUUGCAGGUGAUCGAGGUGGGAGGGGCAGCUAAUACUUUGCAUGAAAGAGUCAGGAUUCAGAACGAUUUCAACAGGCUGGAACACUGGGCUGGAACCAGCAAGAUUAAAUUUAACAGGGAUAAAUGUAGAGUCCUGCACUUAGGUUAAAACAAAAUCAAUGACAUAAAUACCCGGUGGCGGGGUGGGCCAAGCUUGACAGCGGUUCAUGAAGAAAAGACCUGGGGGUUUAGUUGACUGCAAGCUCAAUAUGAGUCACCUGUGUGAUGCGACUGCUAAAACCUCUAAUACAAUCACAAACUGCAUUAACCGAAAAGGAGCAGCCAGAUCAAGGGAGGUACUUACCCCACUGCUUUCUGAGAUGGUCAGGCCACCUCUGGAAUACUGGGUCCAUUCUGAGGUCCGUUUUUUUUUAAGGAGGUCAGUGACAAAUGAGAAAAUAUUUUGGACAAGCAGCCAGCAUGGCAUUAGGCUGGAAUACUGCCAGAAACUUUCCAGAAAUUCUAUGGUGCUGAGGUUCUGGGAUGAAGGGCAGGAGUGACCCCAGGCAAAGACAGUUGUAUCUGGAGCACUCUUCUGGUACUUGGGAGAAAAUAGGGGGACCUACUUCUCACUUCCUGUGGGUACCCAGAGGCAUUGACCUGUGAAUUUCAUCCCAGGAUUUCCUGAAGUCGGGCGAUUAGGGGUUACUGAGAAGGGGUCUAGGAUGGGGAUCAGUGUGGGAGUGGGUAGAAAAAUGGGGCAGUGUGGUAGGAAGGAAUCUGCAAAUUUGGACCUCAAGCACCACCUCCCCAGCGCCCUCCCCCAGGACACGUAGUCCCCACUUCGGUCAGAGCGUGGCGCCCUCACUCCACGUGGGGAUCCUGAGUCAACAGCAGGAGCCCAGUGGCCGGCCAGGCUGUGGCUGCACUUCUCACACUCUCCACUGCAGGGAGCCCACGGGGCCACUCAGCUUAGGUGCGGCUGGCCUGGGACUCCUGGGUGGCAAGGAGACUCACAGCACAAACACACAUGGAAUUCAGGUGUGUCUCCUAUUACAGCCAAGCAUUCCUGCCUGAGCUACUGUGCACGUGGCCUCUUGUCUGCCCUGGCACGGAGCCCAGGGUGCAGAGGGCUGCUCCUAUGGCAGGAGGGUUCCCUGGCACCGAGAGCUCCAUUUCUGUGGGGUCAUGGACCAACCCGAAUCCCCUGCCCCUGGCUGGCUGAAUGACUGUCACCAGUUUACCUAAACUAAGUUCUGUUUGUCUUGGGUUCCUUAACUGUUUGAAGUAGAAUAACACUGCCAAGUUCAUAGAGUUGUUAGGAUUGAAAGAGUCAUCUAGGGCAAUGAUUCUGAACUGAUAACAGGAAUCACCAGAGGAGCUUGUAGAAAGUGCAGAUUUGUGGCUCCACCACCAGUCAUUUAGUAGUUCUGGAUGGAGCUCAGGAAUCUUUUUUAACCAGCUCCCCAGGUGAUUCUGAUGUCCAUGGCCCUCUGACCACAUUUUGAGAAACUGACCUAGGACAUACAAGACUACCUAGUAUGCAUCAGUUCUGUUUCUCAGAGCACACAUGAAGAACAGUGUGGCGAUCAAGAGUACACAGGCUUGUUCUCCAGAUAACUGUAGCCAAGAUGUUUGGAGGAGGACGAUGGGUCUGGAGAUGGGGACACAAUAUUUAAGCCCAAGAUGGGUGUUUUGAGACUUGGGGAGGUUGGAUGUACUGAGGGCCAUAAAGGAAUUGGGAUGCUGGCACCAGGGAUGGGGAUACUGGUGGGGUGAUGGGGGUAUGUUGGUGCAUUGGAGUGCUGAGUGUAAUGUGUUGUUGAAGGAAAUAGGGGCAGAGUGUACUGGGAGGGGAAGGAGCUGAGAGGAUGGGUUGGAGUACACUGGCGUCUUCUUGAGGGGCUGGAGAUGAAGGUUUGUUAUAUCAUGAUGGGGCCAUGAAGAUGAAGUGGUGGAGACUGCGAUGCUCAGUGAAGCCCCACGGGGGCAGCCAUGCUUUGUGUUUUGUGGUGAGACAUUGAGCCCAUGCUUCUGACUAUUCUCUUUUUUGGUGUAAGGGAGGGGGGGAAUGCUCCUUAAGCUUCUGGGGGAACUUUCCUGGUCCCAGAGGGUAUAGGUGAAGAGUGUGUGUGUGUGUGUGUGUGUGUGUGUGUGUGUGUGUGUGUGUGUGUGUGUGUGUGAGAGAGAGAGAGAGAGAGAGAGAGAGAGAGAGAGAGUGUGUGUGUGAAUGGGGAGGGGAAGGCAAGCUUAUGCACUGAGAUUUUAAAAAGUCCUUUUCUGGAUUUCCUCACUGACUUGAGGAGAGGGAGUCAGUUUCCAGGAUUCCUCUCCCCUACCUUCACAUACAAAAUAACGUUUGACCUGCCUGGUUUCUCUUGGGGCUCAACUCUCCAAAAGCUGGCACUCUUGUCAGCUCAUGAGCAUGAGCAUGUGGAUGUCUGCUAACUGAAAACACCUUCCAGAAACUCUGAAGAUCUUCCCGGAGGAACAUUCUAGAAAGAAUCCUCAAAUUUCAAAUCCUUGAAAACUGGAAUUGGAAGAGAAUUUAGGUGCCAUCUGAUGCAGUCUCCCUCAGUUUGGUUCUGGGGAGGACCUUGUGAGGACACCCUGCUUUCUAAGCCUUUGGGGAUCCCAGAGCCUGGUGUGGAUGACAAGACUCAUACAUUACCUAGGGAAAAGGGAGACUCAGUAGAGUCAGGUAGGGGUUUGUGGGUUCUGCCAGUAAACACCUAGGAGGUCAGAGCUAGGUGAGCACCUACGGAAGGCUCCCUAGAGCAGGGCAGCUGGAGCUGCACCUUAAAAUGGGUAGAAUUAUUUUUAGUUAACUUUUGUUCUGACUAUGAUUUUAUGAAAAUGAAGGAAACAAAAACACUGGAAUGAGAGGGUGAGGCAUCUUCAUCUGUCUGCAGGGGAGCAAAGCUAUAGAGGCCUGAAUCCAUCUGAGGUUUGGAGGACAGUAGAGAGACCAGCUUCGUUAGAGGGCUGGAACCACUGUCAGGGCAGAGUAAGUGAGGAGAGAGGGGUGUGGCUGUGGUGGGAGGGGUGAGGUGGAAGACAGAGGAAAGAAGCUCAGGGUUGGGCUCACAGUAGGGACGGUGAGGGUUGAGGCUUGAGCAAAUGAGAGCACCCAGGAGACAGGAGAGAAGAGGGUUCCAGGGACAAGUGUGAACAUACAUCCAGAGAAGCACUUCCCAAGUAAGCAGGAGUGGAACCCAGAGAGUGGAGGUCAUUGAAAUGGAGAGAACACAGGAGGGGCAGUCACCAGCUCGAACUCUGAAGAGUUGUUUGGUAUAGGAGGCGGGGGUGAGGACCCAGUGAAGGUCAUUAGAGUUGGUGAUUAAGAGGUCAGCAGAAUAGUAGGGGUUAAAGAGUGAGUUGGUGGAGAAGAAAUGAGGCAGCAAGUGUAGACCAUUGUAGGUUAUCCUUUGAGAAAUACACAGAGGGCUGGAGAUGGGUUAUAGUUUGAAAAAGAAGCCACAGCAAAACUUUGUUAGCCUGGAGGAAAGGAGCAAAUCUGUGGACAGAGGACAGGGGAGAAGGAGCUGUUGGAGAGGAAGAGAUUGAGCAGACACUGGGAAGAGCCAAGUUAUAGACAGGAAAGUAAGGGAAGGGAGCCAGGGCCUAGAAGAGGUCAAAGCCGCAGAUGAGAAGAAAGGGGUGAAGUCGUAGAGCUCUGGUUGGACCCAGACUUUGACCUCCUAAAGUAGGCUCCUUCAAGUAAGGGUGGCCAGGGUGGGACUGGGCUGGAGGGAUACAGCGGAAGGGGUGGAAUCAAAGGAGUGGUCUGGACAUCUGACAUAUUGCCCAGCAGACCUGGGAAGCAGAAGAUCCGGGCUUGGGUUUCUCUUGGGUCAGGUCUGACGCUCUGCUUCUGGGAGCAGGAUGGGGCAAGCAAGCCAUGGUGCGACCAGAUUACAACAGUUUCAGGAGCCUAGAGGCCAGCACACUACGAAGGCAGGGAGGGGCCUUGCUGGGGAAGAGAGGAACAGCUGCCAGAGCAGGCCUGGGAAGGCUUGAUUGAACAGUGCAGGGCCAUGCAGUGUAGGGGGGCCAAGAGCCUGAGUUUAACUGAAGGAUUAUCAUUGUUACUCUUUUUAAGUAUCUGAGGUAGGAUUUGAGUGGAGAAAAGAACAUAAGGAGAUGCAGAAAGGGAGCAUUGCUUUGUGCCAAACACUGUUUUAGAUUAACUGAUUUGAUCCUCACAGGACCGUCCGUGAAUUAGGUAGCUGCUAUUAUUAUUAUUUUACAUAUGAGAUCAAGGUUCAGAGAGGGGAAGUAACUUAGCUGAGGUCACACAGCCAGUUGGUGUCAGAGUUAAGUAUUUGAAUGUUUUUUCUGUUUCCAAAGCGUAUGCUUUCUGCUAUGCCUUUUUAUCACUACUUACUAGGUAAGUGACCUUGAAAAAAUUACUUAAUUUCUUCCUCACUUUCCUCAUCUGAAAAGUGGGGAUAAUAGUAAUGCUAGCUCAUAGAUUUUUGUGAGGAUUAAGUAAAUAUAUGUAAAGGACCUAAAACAGUGUCUAGUACAUAGAAGGUUUUACUUAGGGGAUGCUGCCCUUAUUAUUAUUAUUAUUUCUCAUUGAUCCUCAUAGCCUCUAGCCAGAAGCUAAGGACUUAGAGGAAGUUGAAAGAAGGUCUUGGAACAUACUGGUAAUUUAGAGACGAUCUAGUAGUUGGGAGGAAGGUGAGAGAACAGUAUACAACCAGUGGUUCUCAACCAGGGAUAUUUUUGUUGAUGUGGCCGGCAGGAGCUACUGGUUUUUGGUGGGCAGGAGCCAGGAGUGGUAACAGUGGUCAGUCAUGUCCCAGUUGAUAAUGUGCAGGAGAAACUCAGCUAGAAAGGAUGCUUGGGAUUUAACUCCUCAGAAGAGUAGCAAUCCCAGAGAUUGGAGCAGCUUGAGCAAAUGUCGGGAGGAGCUUGAAGACCUGUCUGGCUGGGAAGAAUUAGACUCUGUUGGAGGCAAGUGUUCCUGGAGGGAAGAGCAGGCUUAGGGCUGCAGAGGAGGCUGGGAGCACAUCCCAGAAGGUCAAACUGAGAGCUCUAGACACUGAGCAGAGAAAUGGAGACCUGUGGGGUUCUGGAUGAGGGCAUGGCAUAUUUAGGAAGACCACUCAUGCAGUCAGGGAAGACACUGGGUGAGGGGGACAAUCUGGACCAAACCCUGGAGGAAAGGCACAUGAGUUGGACUGGGUUUGGGGUUAAAAUGUGCAGAUAAGCGGCAAUACUAAGGGACAUUUGAAGGGAAACUCCCAGUGUGAAGAUUCAUGAAUUGAGAGUGGGCUGGGCCUGAUCUAGCAGGCACAUGACCUGAGAGGAAAUUCUGGGAGAUGUGGGCUGGUUUGGAACUCAAGGUGAUCACAGUGAAUUUAAUGUAGUGAUGGGGAAUCUGGGAGGAGAUAUCUGGUGAGGAAUUGGGGAUGCCAGUUGGAAGUUGAACUGAAGUACCGAUUUGGGAGUCAUUAAUCCAAAUCUACUGAGUACACUCAAUACACAUAUAAAAGGGGGGCCCUUUGAGCGUCUUUCCUAUGGGGUUGCUAGUUGAAUUUGAAGUCUUGCUUGUAGAUAAGUUGGUCAUGGGAGAGAGUGUGGAGGGGAAAGCACUGAAAACCUUCAGACUGAGCCUGGGCCCCUUCUGUAGAUAAGAAGAGUUGCUGGGAGAGAAUCAGAGAGGUUGGAGAACUAGGAGAGGGCAGAGAGCUUCCAGAAGAGCAUCACCAGCGCCAGGUAACCCAGAGAAUAGGCCUAGGGGUUGGCUGCUUCCAGAACAAGUGACUCCAGGACAGCAGCAGGGUGGAAGCCAGAGACAGGCAGGGGAGCCACUGCAGGAAGGAGGCAGUGGGUGAAGGUGGCUUGUGGGUUGGAGAAACUUGGGAGUUCAAGGAAAGAGGGAGACAAUUGAGGUUCCCAAGGCAGGUUGAAAAGGGUGUAUAUGAGAGAGAGGAAACAUUGAGGCUGAUGGAAGGGAUGGAGUAGGAGAAGAAGUUCUUCACUUAGGUAAGGGGUUCCCAAGGAACCAUCCCCACCUUAGGUACAAAGUAGUAGAUUUCUCCAGGCUUCAUUCUCUGGCCUUUCUCUGCCCCACCCGCCUUCUUAACUCCCAGUUUAGGCUGUUGUUUCCUCUGCCUCCCUCAGGGAACACAGAGAAAAACAGAUAGCCCGUGUCCUGUAACUAUCCUGAUUUAUCUGGCUUUCCUACCCUGCCCUCCAUACUCAGUGAUUCUCAACUCCUGUGCCCUCAGCCUUCCCUUUCCCAGGAUAAAGUUCAGUUCCUGUAAGGUGACUUGACUGUAGAGUUUUUUCCUGUUUGCCAUCCUCAGUGCAUAUGGGCUUUUCAGAAAGCUUGUGGACCCUGUGCCCUUCUCCCCCACUACCCCACCCACCCAUUGUCUUCUCCUACUCAUAUUCAGGCAGGACUUACCUUUUUUAGUCUGUUGCUUUGAUCACAGUCCCUUCUGGGAAGCGGUUCCCUGAUCCCUCCCCCACCAGCUCCCUGGUCUCUUUGAGUCUGUCACCAGAGUUAGGAAUCAGCAGAGGAUGUUGAAAACUCCUCUCCUCGAGGAAUCCUCCUCCAAUUGGGCUCAUUCAAUUCUUAUUGCUCCUUUCCUCUGUCGAUUUUGAGGGCCCACUUAGAUAACUUUGCAGAUAAAAAGUAGCACGUGCUCUGGCAUCUUACUGUUUUGGAACUAUUCUGCUUCUGUUGCAUUGUAAUAUUCCAGAAGACAACUAGAGAUCACCUAGUUCAGGGAUUUCAAAGAAUAUUUUAAACUUUAGAACCUUCAAUUCUGAACACACACACACACACACACACACACACACAGAUAAAAGCAGAAGUGCUGUGGCUGAAGCCUGCUCUCCUUUGCUCCCAUCCUUGCCCACAGCAGCUUGGAUGCUCCUGAGCCCCUAGAGCUCUACAGAAUACAUUCUGAUGCCUUCAUUUACAGGUGAGGAAAAUGAGGCCCAGAGAUAUGAAGAGACUUGCCCAGAGUCACACAGCAAGGGCAAAAACUCAGGGUUUCCCGAUAUCCCUCCCAGUUCUGGCAUUCUAGGACUUGUUAACUUCUAGCCAAGCUGUCCCUCUAGUGUUCUUUUGUGUACCUCGUCAUUGUCAUUCAUUCAUUUAGAUGUUUAUUGAGCACCUACUAUGCGAUGUGUACAGAGUAGGCCCUCAGGACUAUUAGGUAGCAGUCCUGUGAGUUGGUGGAAGCAAAAGCAGACACUGCCCUCAUACGGCCUUCAGUCUAGUGGUGGGGACAGAAAAACUGCAUCUGUGAAAAGUGCCAUAAAGGAGAGAUCAACGGUUUGAUAAGGUGGGCUUAUAAGUGGGAUGUCAGUCCUUUUGGGCUGUUAGAACAAAACACAUAGACUGAGUAGCUUAUAAACAACAGAAAUUUAUUUCUCAUAGUUUCAGAGGCUGGCGAGUCCAAGAUCAAGGCACCAGCAGAUUUAGUAUCUGGUGAGGGCCUGCUUCCUUGUUCAUAGAUCACCAUCUUCUCACUGGGUCCUCACAGGGCAGAAGAGACAAGGGAGCUCACUGGAGUCCCUCUCAUAAGGGCACUAAUCGCCUCCCAAAGGCCCCACCUCCAAAUACUAUCACAUUGGGGAUUAGGUUUCAACACAUGAAUGGGGGCAGGCACAAACAUUCGGUCUAUAGCAUGAGGGAUUUAACCUAGUUAGGAAGUGACCUGGAGCCAAGAGCUAAAGGUAAACUGGGAGAACAGAGGAGAGAAAAGUGUUGCAGGUGGAGGGAGCAGCAUAUGCAAAGCCCUGCGGCAGGAGGGAGCAGAGUGGGAUGAGGAAUGAGAGGAGGCCAGUAUGGCUGGAGCAUAGGGAGUAGGACCAUGGCUGGGCAGGCACGCAGCAGGUGUGUACAAGACGGGGCUGUGCAGACUGUUGAGGAGCGCUGGGGCUUUAUUCUGGAAUUAGAUUUGUGUUUCAGAAAGAUGUCUCCAGUUCCAAAAGGUAACUGAAUGCCUUGUCCCCAACCCUGUCCCAGCUGGGUUGCUUUCAUUCCAUCACCUUCUGUCUGCUUUUCUGACAUCAAUCACAUGCUGCUUGGGGUGUUCUUAGCAGGGCUUGUUUCCACUCUUUAUGGCAUAUGCAUUUUGGCUCUAAGGUAUAUGUGUGCAGUGUAGUGUGUGAAUAUACUGCGACUGUAUCAUUUAUUCAUUCAAUAAAUGUUAAGUUAUUGAGUGCCACUAAGAGCCAGGUACCAUUUGAUUAUCAUUAUGGGCAACAACAAGCUGGGUGAGAGCGUGUCCUAGUGUGUGAUGUUGUGUCAUGUGUGGGUGCUUGUGUGUGAUUGUGUUGACCGUGUGCUCUAAAUGAUGGUUACUACGGGUGGCUGUGUUAUCAUAUGGCUGUUGUUGUAUGUCUCCCCUUGAGGUCCUUGUGUGUGACUGUCAUUGUGGGUGUUAUGUGUAACUCAGUGUAACAACAGUGGGUGUGCCUGAGGUUGUGGGUGUGUUGUUGUGCAGUGUGAAUAUAGGACUGUCAGUGUGUGGCACGCAUGUCCUGUACAGGUGAGGCUCGGUGUGUGAUGUGUCUGUGUGUCAGUGGGGGGCACGGGAGACCCCUAUCUCCUGCUGUAAAUCUGGAGGAGAAUGAGCUUCCCCAGACUGUUGGAGGCACUCUCCGUGGCCCCUGGGAUGAUCAAUGCAGGGAAUAGAGCCUCCACCUGGCGCGGCCCUGGGAUGUUGGGGAGCUGGAGCCGCCCCCGCUGGCGCUGGAGGGGAAAGGGGUGAUGGGGGCGACUAGGCGGGUCUGGGCUGGCCAGACGGGCCAGAUUAAUAAAGAGGGACCCGGGGGAGGGAAGGCCAGGGCGGUGGCGGCUGCAGCAGGAGGCAGCUGAGAUGAAAGUGGCCCGACUGGCGAGCAGGCAGGUGGUCUCUCCCCUGCCCUGUCAGCACUUUUUAAUGUCCCCUUGGUUAGAGUGUGUGGGAGGAGUAGGGCGAGGGAAGCUGGAGCUCACCUUUCCCAGGCCCUGGGGGAGGGGGCUGGGGCAGCCACGAGGUGGGGUUGCUUUUGGUGGGGUGGGAGGAAUGCGGUCAUAGGUGUAGCUGAGAGGAAGAGCCUGGCUCAUGCCCCAUCCCUGUCCCCUGAAAACUUACCUUAGCUCAGGCUAUCCAGGGGUGGCAGGAUUAGGAAGCAGCUGGAGAAACAGAAAACGAGAAAGGGAGGUAGAAGGGGGUGACUGUGUGUGAGAAUGUGGGCACAGCACAUGCAGGUUACUGUCAGGCCAGGCAAAGGUGGGGUGUGUGUGUGAAAUUGAACCUGCCUAUGUAAAUGAGCGUGAGGCUGUGUUCAUGAGAACGUGUGAAAGACCAAGACCCUAUGUGUUUGUGUUUGUUCAGCUCUCUGCAGUUGGCAAUUUAAAUUUUUAAACAGGGGGCUCUCGUCCUGGCUUGGCCUGUUGCUGGUGUGUGGUGUUGGGCGGGUCAUUUAACCUCCCUGAGCUCUGUUGCUUCAUCUCUAAAGUAAGGAUAAGGGUAUCUGUUUCACAGGAUGAUUAUGGGGCUUAAGUAGACCAAAAUACAUUUUCAACUGUAAAUCUCCCUAUAAACGUUUGGUAUCGUUAAUAACUACACAUGGGGUGUGUUGGGUGACUGUGUGUGAAGGUGUGGGUGUGUCCGGAGGCCUGAGCGUCUUUGUGUAUCAGCCAUAGUGGGUGCAUCGGUGAGAGAACAAGCAUCAUAGUAAGUGUGAACUUUAUUUGCAAUAAGUUUGUUGUGCGAGUGAGUAUACAGGUGUUGGAAGUGAAUUUGGUAGUUGUCAUAAAAUAUACGAAAAUAUCUGUGUGGAUCCAAGUGUAGGGAGUGUGAGUGUCUGUGUGUGACUGUGAAUGUGUGUUUUUGUCUUUGGGUGUCUGCGUCAUUGCGUAUAUCUGUUUGCAGUAGAUGAUUUUGUGUCUCAGGGUGUAUCUGAGUUAGUUGCCCUGGCACCUGAGAUGUACGCGUGCAUCUUGGAGCGUAUACUGGCCGUGUGGGGGAUGUGUGGGGAUGGGUUUGUGUGUCUGUGUUUCUCUGGGUGUGUGUCCCAAUGCCAGUGUGGUUGAAUGUGCCUUUGUCUCGGUCGUGUGAGUGUGAUGGCGGUAUGUGGUGCCUUGGUGUGGCUGUGUAUGACAGUGUGUGUGCAUGCGUGCGUGCGUGUGAGUGUGUGUUUGGUGAGCGGCUCUGCUGCCUUAAGCACCUUUCGAGUACAUUGGCCACAGCUCAUUGAAUCCUUUAACAAUCUGACUCUGCUCUUCCUUCCCCGUUUUUUCUAAUUCAGUUCCUCUUAUUACAAAAAUAAAAAAUAAAGCGCUGCCCCUUUCCAGUGGCUGGCCCCGCGGAGCCCCUGCCUCGGGACCAGCCUCGUUUCACUCCAUUUCGGAGAAAACGGGAAGUCAGUGAUUUUAAAAAAUAUUUUCUACUUUAUUUGGGAUUUAAUGUUCUUACAGAAUCCUGCUGCCUCCCUCUGUUCCCCCUCCCCAUCCACCCCCAGCCCCACAUACAAGAGGCGUAAUGGCCCAUUCAGCAUAUUAGGGGAGCCGAGCAUGUGCUCGCGCGCACGCGCCUGUGUGUGUGUAUGCACACACACACUCUUGGAUAAAAACACACAGAGACCCACGGCAGACACACAUAGGAAUACACAGCAGCUCAAACAUAGACAUGAAUUCAAACACUCUGUCCUAAUACUCAAACACCACACAAAGACAGAGACCCAGACACAAUCACACUCUGAUGGGAAACACAAAAGCAGGAGCACUGUUGGGGGAGACCCUGCGGAGACAUGGAGAGAAACAGACAGGCAGAGAGGGGAGGAAAGAAAGAGACAUGUUCCCAGUGACAGGUCAGAAGCAGCUUUUAUGCUAUAAAGGAACAUGAGUAGAGUAGUUCAAGGAAAUGAGAGGGGGUUGAUCAUCCCUGGGCCAGGCAUUGCCCCUUUUGUACAAGCGGAUACUGUAUGGUCAAGAAGUAAUUACUCAAGGUCAUGACGGGAGUCAAGCCUAGAUGUGGGGACAGAAAUAAGAAUCCUGUGCCACUUCCCUGCGCCCUACUAUCAGGGUCCCAGGGCAGUAAAAUAUAUAACUGUGUGUAUGUGUGUGUGUGUGUGUGUGUGUGUGUGUGUGUGUAAGAUGUGCUUUUGUACAGGACUAACUUAAGUGCCACAUACAUAUUAGACUCAACAGAUGUUUGCAGAGGCUGGCAGGGCCCGGAUGUGGCUGUGUGGGUCUUUAAAUGUAUAUUUGAGAACCUGUGUGUGCACACACAUGGGAGCAUCCAUUGUGGUGUAUAAGCCUGUGUAAGUGUGGCUAUGUGUGGCUGUGUCUAUGCAUAGACUGUAAAUCCCAUAGGGGCAGGAACCAUGUAUCCUCUCUGUAUCUCCAUCACCUAAGAAAGGGCCUGGCACAUAGUAGGUACUCAGUAAAUAUUCGUUCAAGAACGAAUGAAUGAACAAAGUCACUCUGGGAGCUCAGAUAGCUUAGGGAGGGCCUGAUGGUCACAGGUAGAGACCAUGAGCAGCCCAGCCUCUGGGCAGGACCUGGGAAGAGGGGAGAUGGUGCACCAUGAGAUGGUGGGGUGGGAACUCUGGCAGUCUCUCCCUGCUGCUGUCUCUCUUGUUAGGAGAUGUGGGCCCUCUGGUCAGUGCUUUGUCCAGAGUGAUGAGUUUCAAGAGUUAUUUUAGACUAUCCUGUGGUAAAAAAAAAAAAAAAAGAAAUGAGCUAUCCAUUAAAAAAAUAUGGGAUAGGUGAGGAAGAGACGGGCAGAAGUGGACAGAAGUUCAAGAUGGAUGAUGGACAGACAGACAUUGAGUAAACACACAAACUCAUUAAUAGAUUUAUUUAUAGACAGACCAAAAGACAAAUAGAGACACAGAUAAAUUGGUGUACAGAUAGACACACAGACUGACAUGGAUAGUCAUGUAGGCAGACAGUCUCCAGGAGUGACUGACAGACCAACAGACAGGCAGACCAAUCGAUAGACAGCUAGAUGGACAGCUGAUUGCACAGAGAAGAUGGAUGUAUAGCUCAGCAUGUAGAAUAGGCCUACCCAAUAACCAUGCCCCACAUUCUGUCCUCCCUUCUUGCUAGCGGAACCCAUUCUUUUGUUUGGUAUUUGGAGACCAAGUGCUUUGGGGAAGGUUGAACCUCUCCCUUGCCCCAGAGGUGAGUCUUAGUUGGUCCAGGAAAAUCCUGGUAAUUCCAUUCCCCUCGCUGGAGAUUGAUUUACAAGUGGAUAUGUGGUACAAUUCUGACCACUGAAAUGUGGGAGGAAGUCUCUUAAGGAGACUUUGGGGAAAUUUUACCUCAAAUUUAUAAAAGGACCGAUGGAAGAGAUGUGCCCUCUUCUCUCCUUCUGGAUUUUGGACUUUCCUACAUGAAGAUGUAAUGUGCUGAGUUGCUGCAGCCUUUUUGAAACCCUGAGGUUCCUCUGAGUUAAAAGCUGACGUGCCAGGGAUGGUAGAGGACAGCUGUGAAAAUCUGGGUGCCAAAUGAUGCCCCUGGGCCACAUUGACCAAUUUAGGAAUCUCUCUGUCCCCAAACUUCUUGUUAUGUGAGAUAAUAUUUUUCUUACUACCUAAGCCACAUUUUUUUUCCAGUUUAAAUACUUCAAUGUGUAUUUUCUAAAAAAAAUAAGGAUGCUGUCUUACAUAGUCAUAUGCAAUCAUGUAGAUCAGAAAAUUAACAUAGAUCUAAUUCUACCACGUAAUCCACAGAUCCAUUCAAACCUCACCCAUUGGUACUAUAAUAUCCUUGAUACCUUUUUUCCCCUUCUGGUUCAGAAUCCCCUCCAGAGUCACAAUUGCAUUUAAUUGUCAUGUUUCUGUAGUUGCCUUCCAUCUGGAACAGGUCUUCAGUCUUUCUUUGUCUUUCAUGUCCUACAUAAUCUUCAAGAAUACAGAAUAGGGUUUUUUUUAGGAGUAUCUCUCAAUUGGGGUUUAUCUGAUGUUUCCUCAUGUUAUGCAUUUUUUGGCAGGAAUGAUGCUGUUUUCCUCUCAGUGCAUUAUAUCAAGAGGCACAUGACCUUGAUUUGUCCCAAUAUUCUUUUUUUUUAACAUCUUUAUUGGAGUAUAAUUGCCUUACAAUGGUGUGUUAGUUUCUGCUAUAUAACAAAGUGAAUCAGCUAUACGUAUAAAUAUAUCCCCAUAUCUCCUCCCUCUUGCGUCUCCCUCCCACCUUUCCUAUCCCACCCCUCUAGGUAGACACAAAGCACCGAGCUGAUCUCCCUGUUAUGCGGCUGCCUCCCACUAGCUAUCUGUUUUACAUUUGGUAGUGUAUAUAUGUCCAUGCCACUCUCUCAGUUCGUCCCAGCUUACCCUUCCCCCUCCCUGUGUCCUCAAGUCCAUUCUCUACAUCUGCGUCAUUAUUCCUGUCCUGCCCCUCUGUUCUUCAGAACCUUUUUUUUCUUAGAUUCCAUAUAUAUGUGUUAGCAUACGGUAUUUGUUUUUCUCUUUCUGACUUCACUCUGUAUGACAGUCUCUCGGUCCAUCCACCUUACUACAAAUAACUCAAUUUCGUUUCUUUUUAUGGCUGAGUAAUAUUCCAUUGUGUAUAUGUGCCACAUCUUUAUCCAUUCAUCUGUUGAUGGACACUUAGAUUUCUUCCAUGUCCUGGCUAUUGUAAAUAGAGCUGCAGUGAACAUUGUACAUGACUCUUUGAAUUAUGGUUUUCUCGGGGUAUAUGCCCAGUAGUGGGAUUGCUGGGUCAUAUGGUAGUUCUAUUUUUAGUUUUUUAAGGAACCUCCAUACUGUUCUCCAUAGUGGCUGUAUCAAUUUACAUUCCCACCAACAGUGCAAGAGGGUUCCCUUUUCUCCACACCCUCUCCAGCAUUUAUUGUCUGUAGAUUUUUUGAUGAUGGCCAUUCUGACCGGUGUGAGGUGACACCUCACUGUAGUUUUGAUUUGCAUUUCUCUAAUGAUUAGUGAUGUUGAGCAUCCUUUCAUGCGUUUGUUGGCAAUCUGUAUAUCUUCUUUGGAGAAAUGUCUAUUUAGGUCUUCUGCCCAUUUUUGGAUUGGGUUGUUUGUUUUUUUGAUAUUGAGCUGCAUGAGCUGCUUGUAAAUUUUGGAGAUUAAACCUUUGUCAUUUGCUUCAUCUGCAAAUAUUUUCUCCCAUUCUGAAGGUUGUCUUUUCAUCUUGUUUAUGGUUUCCUUUGCUGUGCAAAAGCUUUGAAGUUUCAUUAGGUCCCAUUUGUUUAUUUUUGUUUUUAUUUCCAUUUCUCUAGGAGGUGGAUCCAAAAGGAUCCUGCUGUGAUUUAUGUCAUAGAGUAUUCUGCCUAUGUUUUCCUCUAACAGUUUGAUAGUUUCUGGCCUUACAUUUAGGUCUUUAAUCCAUUUUGAGCUUAUUUUUGUGUAUGGCGUUAGGGAGUGUUCUAAUCUCAUACUUUGACAUGUACCUGUCCAAUUUCCCCAGCACCACUUAUUGAAGAGGCUGUCUUUUCUCCACUGUAUAUUCUUGCCUCCUUUAUCAAAGAUAAGGUGACCAUAUGUGCAUGGGUUUAUCUCUGGGCUUUCUAUCCUGUUCUGUUGAUCUAUAUUUCUGUUUUUGUGCCAGUACCAUACUGUCUUGAUUACUGUAGCUUUGUAGUAUAGUCUAAAGUCAGGGAGCUUGAUUCCUCCAGCUCCAUUUUUCGUUCUCAAGGUUGCUUUGGCUAUUCGGGGUCUUUUGUGUUUCCAUACAAAUUGUGAAAUUUUUUGUUCCAUUUCUGUACCUAAGCCACUUUUGGUAGGAUCAUCUGUCACUUGCAGCCAAAAGCAUCCUAAUGCUACCCAAAUCAACUGACAAAUUGGCAGACAGACAGAUCAAAAACAGGUAGAAAAACAAAUAGGCAGAUGGACAAAGACAGACAGGUAGUCAAACCUAGGACAUGUAGAUAUCUGGCUAGUUAGACAAAUUUAAAAGCAAAAAGAAAUGGGUAACUGAAUGGAUGGAUAGAUAGAGAUGGACAGAGAGAUAAACAGACAAACUGGGCAGCAGACAGUUGGGAAGACAAUCAGACUCUGACCCCAGUGUUUAUGUUUAUCACCUGUUAGAUGACUACUUACUUCUAUUAACUAUGUAAUGUUCAUUUUGGGGAAAAAUUCUCUCUGUCUCUCCGUCCCCUCCCUCCCUCCCUCUCCCCUGACCUUCUCUCCCAUCUCUUCCCUCUCCCCUCUGUCUCUCUUUCUCUCCCUCUUUCCCUCUUUUCCUGUCUUCUCCUUCCCUUUUUCCUAUGUCCUCCCCCUCUGCUUUCUUCCUGUGCCUUACUUGCUUCUGUCUUUAAGUGUCCCCAUACUCACAGCUGACUCUCUGCCUCUCAUGAGAAGGCAUGUUACCUGUGGAACAGAGGCUGCCUCUGAGCAAGGCUUGGAUUGGGGACAGCGAAGGAGCAUGGGAACCAUGGAAGGCAGAGAACCUCCUUUUACUCCCACCCUACCCUCGGCAGCCCCAGGCAGCAGCUAAGUCCUGGCCUAGGGUUCUUUUCCUGACCGCUACUCCCCUCUUCCUCCCUGCUCCCUGCCAGAGAUUCCAAGAACCUGGGGUUAGGCCUUUGAAGUCUUCCUCUGAGAUCUGUUCACUUUGAAGGCUUGAGGGAAGGGAGCAGACUCAGGACUUGCUUUUUUGUUAAGGGGCAAGGAAACGGUGGCAAAUAUAGACGCAACAAGGGAAGGGAGGUCCACCAAGCUCCUCAAUCCAAACCUCAGUUCUCUCCACCUUUUGUGUCCAUCUCAGUCAUUGGCCACUUUCUGAAUAUCCUUUGAGUCUCUUAUUUCAACAAAUAAUUCUUGAGCUCCUGUGGCGUACAAGGUGCUACCUGGUGCUGUGGGAGACAAAUGGGAAAGAAGGUAAGUCCCUCUAUUGGAGGCAUCUUCUGUUUUUCUUCUUCCCCUUAUGUGUAUCUCUCUUUGGGUGUCUCUGUCUUUCUCUUAGUCAGUAGAUCAAGAAAUAAUCAUAAAGGAGCCACUAUCUGCCAUGCAUUCCAUCUCUCUCUCCUCUAACUCUGCCCUCUUUCCACACCACACCCACCUGCACUCUCGGGGUCCAGUGCCCACUUUGGCUACAGCAAGUGGAGCAGGCACUUUCCAAGAACAGAAGACACAGGGGAUUGAUGACUCUGUGGCGGCCUGCUUCUCCUUUCUCCCAGGAUAACCAGUCUGUCAGCGGACCGGGGAGGGGGGAGAUGACUUCACAGGGAUGCAGGGGGUGGGUGGUCCCCAGGGUAUUCCUUUUCCUCAUCUUUGUCCUUCAUCUCCUGCUGCCUAAUUAUUUUUUCUGAAGCAUUACUCUGAGCAAGUACUCCAUUGACCAAGACGAUUCAGCAUGGCAUUCAGAGCUCUUCACAACGGGCCCCAACCUACCCCUUCCAACACCCUCACUCCCACCCCCCAUAAGCCCUUCAGGACUGGCCACCUUCCUUGACAGGCCCACAGUUUCCUGCUUCUCCACCAACCACAUUCCACAUCUUUUAAAGCCACACUCAGAUGUCACCUAUUUGAGGAAACCUUCCCUGAUCGCCCCCUGAAAGAGGCUCCAGCUCAGACUACAGGCACCAAAUACACCCUUGUAUACACGCACACUGACCUCCAACUACAGAUGUUGACAACAUCAUCUAGACAUUUCACCACCAUGUCUUGUGCUUUCUACCCUGCUCUGGUCAAAGUCCAGGCUCCUCCAGGCUCAUGGAUGGCCCAUCCCCAAGACCUUUCAUAUUCUUGGUCCCACUCUUGCCAGACAGGCCCUGAUAAGAUUUUUGGGUUAUGGCCCUUGACCUGUUCCCUCAGCCUUCCUCAUUAUCUUCCCAGACAGUGACCUUUCCUUCCUCCUCCCCUCCACUGCCCUUCCUCCUCCUCUUCCUUCUCAAUGUCAACAAGCUUCCUUGAGAGCCUACUAUGUGAGCUCAUUCCACACCCCCAGGGUGUGUAGAUCUGGAGCCAGACUGCCUGGGUUGUAAUUCUGCCUCCACCUCUUCCUAGCUGUGUGACCUCAGACAAAUUACUUAACUUCUCUGUUCCACAUUUCCUCACCUGCAAGAUGAGAUUAAUAAUGGUACCUGCCUCACAGGAUUGUUGAGAGGAUUGAUUUGGUAUGAGUAGGGUGCUUAGAACAGUCCCUGACACAUGGUACUAUAACAGUGAGAGUUCUGCUUCUCAUUUUAUUCUGCUUCUGACUCUAGGGAUUUAGAAUUCUCAAGUAUAGAGGAGGAGAACUGUAAACUACUGAGCAGCCCCUGUGUGCUGAGUGUCUUACAUGCGGUGUCUCAAUUAAAACAAACAAAAAAACCUCGUGAGAUGGGAUUGUCACCACAUCUGUUUAACGAACAAGGAAAUGAGGGUUUAGGUAGCUGAAGUGACUUGCGAGAGGCCUCACAACCAAGACAGGGAAGAUUCAGGAGUUGAACUCAGAUUUAGUUGAUUCCAAAGCUGUGCCUUUUCCAAGACACUGGGCCGUUUCUUUAAUUUGAGGAUCAAGAGUUUAGGAUUUGGAAUUAGCAAUUCAAGGAUAUGAGGUCUCAGGGUGCUGGUACUUUGGGGGUCCACAUUACCUUGACUGAGAGCGGUUGGAGUAUGAGUAACUUGUUUUCAGAGUGGUUAUAGUGUGUGACAGGGGAGUGCAACCUCACUGCCAUACAUCCGCACCCUCUGCCUUCUGAAAUCCAUGCUCUGGCCUCACACUAUGGUUUGGGGGUUUCCGGGGGGUGAAGGUCAGGUGAGUACUGGAGGACAGUAAGAGUCACCAAAUUAAUGACUUGCCUGGGGUCAGGAAGUGCAGGGCUACCUGGAGAUGAAUUAUCUGGUUAAGAAGCCAUGACCACGUGGAUCAAUGGAGAGAGAGGGUUUUGUCACUUAUUGCCCUGCGUUUAAAGAGCUGCACCCCUCAGGCUGGGGCUCAUGAAGACUGUUGCUUUUUUUUUUUGCGGUAUGCGGGCCUCUCACUGCUGUGGCCUCUCCCGUUGCGGAGCACAGGCUCCGGACGCGCAAGCUCAGUGGCCAUGGCUCACGGGCCCAGCUGCUCCACGGCAUGUGGGAUCUUCCUGGACCGGGGCACGAAUCCGUGUCCCCUGCAUCGGCAGGCGGACCCUCAACCACUGCGCCACCAGGGAAGCCCAAGACUGUUGCUUUUCUCCAGUAGUUCCCUAGCCCUGGAUCACUGAGUCCUCAGGGAGCCUAGCUGGGGAGACAUAAGUACUGAGGGCUUCCCCAGGAAGCAGAUUCUGAGAUAGAGAUUAAUGCUCAGAGUGUCAUCAGGAAGCUGUUGGGAUCAAAACCUGUGGAAGGAGAGGAAGGAAUCAGGAUUGGGCAGAGCCCAGCCCUUUGGGUCACUCUGAGGCUAGAAUGGCCCUUCAGUUUUUCCCCAAGUUGGGGCCAGAGGUUUCAUACCCCUGUGUUGGUGGGUCAUGGAAUGCAAGUAGCCCCAGAAAUGGGUGUGACCUUAGGCUGGGCAGCUCUCUUCAACUGAGGCCAUUCCCCCACAGGAGCUGAAAGCUGAAGACUGUCUGCUAGCACUCCCAGCAACUGGGGUAAGUCCUUCAUUGAAGGGAAUCGGACAGCACAUUAUAGUGUCCACCAAGGCACCUACCUGAGCUGGGGAGGGCGGGGCACUCACAGUGAAGUAAGGCUUCUGUGUAUGAGACAAUGCCUGAGCUUUGAGAAGAAUGAGUAGGGGUUACAAGGCAAAAAAAAAAAAAAAGUCGGGAAGGGGAACAUGUAGGGAAAGGGGAGUUUCUGUUUGAAAGAACAGCAUGGGGACUUCCCUGGAAGUCCAGUGGUUAAGACUUCACCUUUCAAUGCAGGAGGUGUGGGUUUGAUACCUGGUCGGGGAGCUAGGAUCCCACAUGCCUCACGGCCAAAAAAACAAAACAUAAAACAGAAGCAAUAUUGUAACAAAUUCAAUAAAGACUUUAGAAAUGGUCCACAUCAAAAAAAUUUAAAAAUAAAUAAAUUUAAAAAAAAAAAGGAACAGCAUGUACUAAAACCCAGAGGUAAAGUUGACACAGGAGAGUUAGGCAGGGCUCAGAUCUGAAGGUCUGCACUACUGUGCUAAAGAAUUUGAGUUUUUGUAUUAAGGGGAUGGGGAGCCUUUAAGGAUUUUAGGACAGUGUGUAGCAUAAUUAAAAUUUGCAUUUUAGAAUAAUCUUGGCAUGCCACUUAUUAGCUGUGUUACUAAAAAAGUGACCUAACCUCUCUGUGCCUCAAUUCCCUCAUCUGUAGAAUGGGGUUAAUGAUAGUGCCUGCCUCUUGGAGUUGUUGUAAGAAUGCAGUGAGAUAGUAUGGGUAGAAUUGUCAUGUAGCAAUCCUUGGUGAAGAUUAACUGUUGUUAUAGCUAUUAUAGGCUGGAUUGGGAUGGGCAGAGACCAGUAGAAAAAGCAGUGAGAUGGCUACUGCAGGUAUUCAAGAAAGAUGUGGUAAGGGCACAACUAGGACAACGGCAGCAGAGAUGGAAAAGGAGAAGCCAGUUUAAAAGCUUCUGAAAGGUAAAAUUCACAGGACUUAGUGAUUGCUUGGAUGAAAAGAGGUGAUAAAAAAGAUGGCAUUCACAAUGACUCCCAGAUUUCUGGUUGGGUGACUGAUUCUGGGAACACAAAUGGAUUCAUGGGGAGGGUGGUAAGUUUGUUGUAGAUGAGUUGAAAUUGAGAUUCUUAAGGAAUCCAGCUGGAGAUGCUGGUCAGUUGUUCAGAGCUAAGCUCUGAGAAAGGCUGGAUGGGGAUUGUCUGUGUGAAUUUGGUCAGGGUAGCCAUGGGCCUGGAUGAGGUCAUUGGGGUGAGUAUGUGGAAAGGGAAGAGUUGUGGGCUGUGGAUGGAACUGUGGCAAAUACCAUCGUUAACAAGAGCUUGGGAGUGAGAAAGAAGAGACCCCAGAGAAGCAGGAGAAAGAAGGAGAUGUUGCUGUCAGGAAAGCCAAGGGAGGAAGGAGACCCCCAGAGUACCAGCCAACACAGCUCAGUGUCGGAGAGAGAGCAUCAAAGAUAAAAAUGGCAGAGUCUGUAAAAGAGGGCAAGGGGUUCCUGGUGGUUUACCUGGAGGAAAGCAUUUCAUCAAAGUGGUGGGUGGAAGGCAAGUUGUGGUGGUUUGAAGAAUAAAGAUGAAGCUGAAGGUUGUACUUCUCUGAAUUAACAGACAUAUGGAUGGAGAAAUUUCACCAAGGUCCACGCUGAGGCAGUCCAAAUGUAGUCUUUCCAGAUGACCUUUGCUUGUGCCCCUUCUCUCAUGUUUCCCAUCAUAGACUGUAUCUAUCAUAGUUAUCUCUGCUCCUGCCUACUCCUUUACCUGACCAUAAGCUCCUUCAAGCUGGGAUCCUCUUCCAUGUUUGGGUCCUUCCCUGUACCAGGUAUAUGGUGUGGACUGGACCUGCAGGUAAUAAGCAGUUGCUUGUGGAGUGAAUGAAUGAUCUGCGGUGAGACCAUGAAGCAAGUUUCCUGGUUUUCAGACUGGUUAGUCAGCAGAGAAAUAGUGAAACUAUGUCCUGGAAGAAGGUGUGUGAUGGGAAGACGGAUGGCUAAGAAUAUGGGGAGGCAUGAAUCAAGGCACUUCAGGAAAAAUAAGUACAACUGACCUUUGAGCAGAAGUUCUUAACCUUUUUAGAUCCUGGAUCCCUUGGAGAUACCAAUGUAAAUAAUGAACACUUGCUCCAGGAAAAACACACAUCACACACUCAUAUCCAGUCUGCAUAUGAUUUUAAGAGUUCCAUACCCACUGAGGCCCAUCUAUGGACCUGUCCAGUGGUCCCAUGGGUUUCAAGUCAAGAAUGUGGAGUCCUAUGACCUGGGGUACAUCACUCACCCACUCUGGACUUCAAUUUCUUUAUCUGUAAGAUGAGGAACCGUGAGGUGUAGGUGGAUACCAUAAAGAAACUAACAACUUUGCAAGUCAUUUGGUGCAGGUAUUUUACAGAGCACAAAUAUUCUACCCUGUUAGUGGGUAGAAUUAUCUCCAUUUUGAAAACAGGGCAAUGGAGACUCAAUUCAAGAAACUUGUCACAUGAGUGAGUGAAGGAGCUAGAUUCUACCGAGGUCUGUCCAAUUCCAAAUCCUGGGAAGAGCCCAGAGAAGAGCCCAGGAUUUGGAGUUGGACAGACCUCGGUAGAAUCUAAACUGUGCUGCCUACCGGGUAUAAUAUUAUUGAUGUCUGUCUGCCCAUCCCUGGCAUGGUUAAUGCACUAACAUACAUGAAAACGAUUUGGAAACUGGAUAGCACUUAUGCAAAUAUAAGAUACCACAUUGGUAUCCUCAUUAUUGAUCAUCCCUUAUCUUAAUAUCGCUUCCUUGGCAUCUGUUAGUUCUUCCCCCAACCUCAGGGGGCUUCUUCCUUGCUUCUGUCACCUGUUCCUCCCAUUUCCUGAGGGUAGGUUUUCUUUAGUCCCCACCUCUUGCUUUCUGUUCUUUACAUUCUAAAUCCUGUCAUCCUAUAACUUUAGCUAUGACCUAAAGUCACCAAGCAGGUGACUCUCAAAUCUGUACUCCAGUCCAGAGCCUUAUUUCAACCACCUGCUGGAAGUUUAUCACCUAACUCAUUGGUCUCAGACUUUGCUGUGCAUCUGAAUCACCUGGAGUGUUUGUUAAAACACAGAUUGCUGGGCUUAGUCCCACAGUUUCUGAUUCAGUAGGCCUAGGGUGGGCCUGAAAAUAUUUUUUACAGCAUUAUACAAGGUAUACUUGACAUGCAAUAAACUGCACAUAUCUAAAGUGGACAAUUGGAUAAGUUUUGACAUAUGAAUACACUCAUGAAACCAGCACUGCAAUGAGAUAAUGAACAUAUCCGUAUCCGCACAAAGCUUCUAGUUUCUUGUUAUAAUCCCUCUUUUUUCUCUCCUCAACCUCCACUCCCAUUCCCAGGUAACCAUUAACCUAUUUGUGUCACCAUAGAUAAGUUCGCAUUUUCUAGAGUUUUGUGUAAAUAGAAUCAUAAAAUAUGUACCUCUUUCUUGUUUCUGGCUUAUUUCAUUCAGCAUAAUUAUUUUGCUGCAUGUAUCAAGAGCUCAUUCCUUUUUAUUUCUGAGUAGUAGUCCAUUGUAUGAAUAUAUAGCAGUUUGUUUCUCCAUUCACUAGUUUAUGGACAUUUGGUUGUCCAGUUUGGGGCAAUUACAAAUAAAACUGCUGAGAACAUUUGUGUAAAAACUUGGUACUUUUAUUUCUCUUGGAAGUGAAAUGGCUGGGUCAUGAUGGUAAGAGUAUGUUUAACUUUUUAAGGAACUGCCAGACUGUUUUUCAAGUUGGUUGCACCAUAUUACACAGACAUCAGCAGGGUAUGAGAAUUCCGCUUGCUCCACAUCUUUACCAUUGUCUGGUGUGAUCAGUCUUUUUAAUCGUAAUCAUUCCAGUAGGUAUGUAGUGGUAUCUCAUUGUGGUUUUAAUGUUCAUUUCCUUAAUAACUAAUGAUGUUGAGCAGCUAUUCAGGUGCUUAUUUUCUAUCCAUUUAUCUUCUUGGGUUAAAUGUCUGUUCAAAUCUUUUGCUUAUUUAAAAAAUUGAAUUGUUGUCUUCUUACUAUUGAGCCGUAAGUGUUCUUUAUAUAUUCUAGAACACAUGGGCUUUGUUAGAUAUGUAUUUUGCAAAUAAUUUCUCUCAGUAUAUGUCUUACAUUUUAAUUCUUUAAACAAUAUCUUUUGAAGAGCAAACAUUUUUAAUUUGAUGAAGUCUGAUUUAUUGAUUUUUUAAAUUAUUUGCCCUUUUUUGGACAUAUUUAAGAAAUCUUUGCGAAACCGAGAGUCACUAAGGUUUUCGCCUACAUUUUGUUAUAGAAGUUUAUGGUUUUAGCUCUUUUAUUAGGUCUAUGAUCCUUUUCAGGUUAAUUUUUGUAUGUGGUGUGAGGUAAGGGUCAAGGUUAAUUUUUUUUUUUUUUUUUUUUUUUUUUUUUUUGGCGUAUGGCUAUCCAAUUAUUCCAGCAUCAUUUGUUGAAAAGAUUCUCCUUUCCCCAUUGAUUUGCCUUGGUACUUUUGUCAAAAAUCAAUUAGGCAUUUAUGUGUGGGUUUAUUUCUGGACUCUUCAGCUCCAUUGAUCUGUUUGUCUGUCUUUAUACUAGUACCACUCUGUAUUGCUGUAUCUUUAUAAGUCUUGAAAGCAGGUAAUGUAAGCCUUCCAACUUUGUUCUUUUUCAUGUUGUUUUGGCUAUUCUAGGACUGUUGUAUUUCCAUACACAUUUCAGAAUCCAUUUGUCAAUAUCUGCAAAUAAAAAACCUGCUGGGA